AUGGCUUUUCCUGACUUAAAUUCUUCUUUAAGAACAAAUAUUUCAUUUCGUAAUCAACACGAUGAAGACUAUCAUAAAGGUUUUUGUCCACUAACCAAAUUUAAUACAAAUAUAGUAGACAACGUGGUAUUAGAAUAUAUGCACAAUAUAUGUUUGGGUGUUGUCAAAAGAUUAUUGUUAUUUUGGAAAAAAGGCAAAAAACCAGUUCGAUUUUUGAAUGAUGAUAUUUCUAAUGAAAUUUCUUCAGAGCUUAUUUGUCUUAAAGCAUUUUUCCCCAAAGAAUUUAGUCGUUCCCCUCGGUCUUUAGAAGAACUGGAGUAUUGGAAAGCGACAGAGUUUAGAUCUUUUUUGUUAUACUCUGGCCCUAUUGUACUAAAGGGUAGAUUAAAAAAAUCUCUCUACAAACACUUUAUGAUAUUACAUUGUGCCAUUAGACUCCUGUUAUCUAAUGAUACAUGUAUGGCUUACAAUGAUGUUGCCAAUGAUUUAUUAAGACAAUUUGUUGAAGAAUAUUCUUUUUUAUAUGGUGAAGAGUAUAUUACCUAUAAUGUACAUGGUUUAAUUCAUAUAGCACAUUUUGUUAAGAUACAUGGACCACUGGACAAAUUUAGUGCGUUCAAAUUUGAAAAUUGCCUACAAAUGAUUAAAAUGUCAUUAAAAAAUGCUCGUUUUCCUCUUCAAGAUGUAUACAAUAGAAUAAUAGAACAAAAAAAUAUUGAGAUAGUUGAACCAAUUGCUAGUUAUCCAAUUUUAAAAAAUAAAAUAGUUUAUAAUCAUGUAUUUCAUCCUGAUCCCACAGAUACUCUUUAUGAAAAUGCUAAUGGAAGUGUAUAUUUUGAAGUUGUAAAAUACAACGCAGUCCCAUUUUUUGAUAAUCCAUUAGUGUCUGAUAUUGUUGGAGACUUCUAUGUAGAUAUAUUUAAUGAAACAGAUAGUUUUCUUAUUAAUAUGUGUGAUAUUAAGAAUAAGUGUUUAUUUUUUAAUAUUUCUGAUGUAAAAGCAGUUGCAAUUACAUUGUUACAUGAUCUUUAUUAA